UUGGGAGAACUUCGCCGGCGUUCACCCGUUCUUCAUGAACCCCAAAGGAGACGGAACAGCAUGGGGUGUCCUCAUCCUCAACAGCAACGCGAUGGAUUACACGGUGACUCCGGGCGGAAACGUCGCCAUUGCGACCACGGGUGGAAUCCUUGACCUUUACUUCUUCGUCGGCUCCACGCCCACCCAGGUGGUUCAACAGUACCAAAAGCUCGUCGGACUACCCUUCAUGCCGCCGAUCUGGGCUCUGGGGUAUCAAGUGUGGAUGUCCGAUUACACGUCGCUCAAUGAAGUCAAGGGCGCGGUCACAGCUCUUGACCAGGCUGGGGUGCCCAAGGAUGUCAUCUGGCUGGACGUCUUUCAAGAUUCAAAAGCAUUCACUUUGAACUCCGCUUUCGGCGGUCUUCAGGCGUACAUCCGGCAGCUGGCGAGCGUGGGCAUCCAAAUUGGCCUGGUCACAAAUCCGGCUAUUCCUGCCGACAACGUCACGCGGUACAGCCCAUACACAACAGGUCUCGAAGAGGACGUGUUCGUCAAGAUAGGUUCCGGAACCAGCGGUUCUGACCCAAACGCUGUACUUUAUGCUAAGGGGCUUCCAUCCGGACCUUCAGCCUUCCCAGAUUUUCUGAAGAACUCUACCAAGCAGUGGUGGCGAAACGCCAUCUUGGACUACCAGGAAUCCACCGCCGACUUUGACGCAAUGUUCCUCAGGCUGAAUGAACCGGCCGAGUUCAGCGGAUCUGCUUCCUGCGAGCGAAACGACGUGGCGUGCCAAGCGUGUCCUCAGAAUCGAUGGGAAUAUCCGCCGUAUACGCCAGUCGCCUACAGGAACGAAGAAGGCAACGCCACGCAGCUUCAUAAUGGCACCCUCUGCAUGAACGCGGCGUUCGGCGAAAGGCUGCGGUACAAGCACUACGACGUCCACAGCAUCUACGGUUGGAGUCACAGCAUGGCAACGCAAUGGGCGCUGACCGAUCUCAUCGGCGACAGGACCCUGGUGAUUUCUGAAUCUACGUACCCUUCAACUGGCCGGUAUGCCGGACAUCUCGUUCAACUGCCAGACUUCGGAGAAUGGUCGGGCCUGAGGAGAGCCAUUGUGGCUGUCCUGGAGUUCAAUAUUUUCGGGAUUCCCUAUGUUGGAGUCCCCCUCUGUUCGGGGACUAGCUCAACACUCUUGUGCCAAAGAUGGAUCGAACUUGGCGCCUUCUUUCCCCUUGGUCCUCGACUUCAGGAUGAGACGUUCAAGUGCAGACACGGUUUCCAUGACAGCCGCGGCCCUUGAUGCCGUCACUACGAGGUACAGUCUACUGCCCGUUCUCUACGCACUUUUCUUCAGGGUCAGCCUCAGCGGCGGAACGGUCGUGAGACCGCUGUUCUUCGAGUGAGUUUCAAGCACCUGCUUUCUUUGUUCACGAAGUGCGACAUCGGAUAUCACGCCUGAAUGAAAAAAAAAACGAACAGUUCCUACACUAUGACGAAGGCUUAUAAAAGGUCCUAACUUGUGACACCUUGUGACGUAGUGCCGCUCUGUCCGAUCUAACAACGAAGGCAUCUAAAGUGCAUAAUUGUCGUGGUCAAGAAGCGUUUACGUUGUUUCCACUGGAACUACUUUGCGCCAGCGAUCAGUUCACCACUAGUGUUCAAGAUUUGCGAUACCUG